CAAGACAUGCUACACUUCUCAGGACUAUUCCUAAUCUUAUAGGUUUAUGGGUUAUUUAAGCCAUGUUUUUCUGCUAUAUCUACAGUAUAUCUACUAUACUGUGCUAUAAUUUCGUUAGAUAUGUGUAAGUGUUUCACUUUUAGACUUUUACACGUUUAUUAUACAUAUCUAAAUGCAUCAGUUGCAUGCCAUCUGUUCCUCAGGUCUAUUUUGCUAUUGAAAAUAACUGAAUCAUGCUGCUCGUCACAAUCCUAUUGGGCUUCAUCUCCUUCAGCUCAGUCCUCUGUCGCCAGUUCCACUUUGUGAGUGAAUCAAAGAGCUGGAGUGAAGCACAGAGUCACUGCAGGACCUUUUACACAGACCUGGCAACCCUUUAUAACACAGACGAUCUGAAUACGCUGACCCAACUAGGCCCCCAGACUGGCUCUGCUUGGAUUGGACUUUAUUAUGACCCGAACAGUUGGAGGUGGUCCAUUGAUAACAGCAGCUUCUAUGGUCCUGGAGAGACAACAUAUAGAAACUGGAGUCCAAAUGAACCCAGUAAUGCAAGUGGAAUAGAACGGUGUGUGGAGAUGUACGCAACUGGGGUGUGGAAUGACAUAAUUUGUACCACAACCAGAUCAUUUGUUUGCUAUGGAGGAAAGGACAGCUACACUCUGAUAAAGACAGCAAUGACAUGGUUUGAUGCCCAGACCCAUUGUAGAACCAACUAUAUUGAUCUUACAAGCGUAAGGAAUGCAAUAGAAAAUGAAAAGGUUCGUGUUGUUGCAAACGGCACUGCGGUAUUUAUUGGUCUGUACAGAACCAGAACGUGGUCAGACAGAAGUUACUCCUCUUUCAGACACUGGACAUCAGGCCAACCUACUAACAGUUAUGCUCGAGACUGCACUGCAAUGUUAUUCAGUAACUCAGGCGAGUGGAGCGAUGAGAAUUGUGCCACAUCCAUUCCUUUCUUCUGUUACAAAGAUACCUUUAAAGCUACUCUGAGAAUGGUGGUUGACACAGAGGAUGACCUUACUGAAGCUGAAAUUGAAGAGAUUAUCCUCAAACCAUUUCGCGAGGAGCUCCUCCAGAAUGGCCUUCCAAACAGCACCACUCUGAGUCUGAGACGUGUGCACCGGAUCAACCCAUGAAGCGCUUUGCGUCGAGGUCCGGUUCGCCCUGUCGGUACUUAUAACUGAUACUGAUAAUGACCAGCGUUAUAUUAUCCCUAGGCCUAUAUUAUGAUAGAUAGACAUACAGUAAUACUGUAUGUGAAUUACAUAUGUGAAAUACUGUAUACUGCAUCUAAUUCAGGUUUGGUACAGCACAACAACCUACUUCACAGCUUUCCUAGACUGGGUAGACCCAGCUGGAUUUCGCACUGCAGCUCAGGCUGGAAACCUGCACAUUUAUCUCUCCUGCUUCCUGUCCACGUUUCCAGAGUCAUUUGAACUAUGCCCAUUGAUCAUGCCUCUUGUGCAGUAGAAAUACAGCCCAGACUCCCUAGUCUAAUGUUCAAUCUUAAAAGAUUACGCUUAGUCUGGUGAUUCAGUCAGAUUACUGCUUUCUAACAUGCAUAUGCUACUGAAAAUUCUUAAUACAGUAAGAGACUGCAACUGUGAAAUCAUUAUUUGCUGGUAACAUUGAUAUACUUGUUGUACAUGCAAUGUGUG